AUGCUUCUUCAUAAACCUCUUUUAUUGUCUGGGUUAUUGUUCUUUAUGGACCUCUUUUGUUGUCUGGGUUAUUGUUCUUUAUGGACCUCUUUUGUUGUCUGGGUUAUUGUUCUUUAUGGACCUCUUUUAUUGUCUGGGUUAUUGUUCUUUAUGGACCUCUUUUAUUGUCUGGGUUAUUGUUCCUUAUGGACGUCUUUUGUUGUCUGGGUUAUUGUUCCUUAUGGACGUCUUUUGUUGUCUGGGUUAUUGUUCUUUAUGGACCUCUUUUAUUGUCUGGGUUAUUGUUCUUUAUGGACCUCUUUUAUUGUCUGGGUUAUUGUUCUUUAUGGACCUCUUUUGUUGUCUGGGUUAUUGUUCUUUAUGGACGUCUUUUGUUGUCUGGGUUAUUGUUAUUUAUGGACCUCUUUUGUUGUCUGGGUUAUUGUUAUUUAUGGACCUCUUUUGUUGUCUGGGUUAUUGUUCUUUAUGGACCUCUUUUAUUGUCUGGGUUAUUGUUCUUUAUGGACCUCUUUUGUUGUCUGGGUUAUUGUUCUUUAUGGACCUCUUUUGUUGUCUGGGUUAUUGUUCCUUAUGGACGUCUUUUGUUGUCUGGGUUAUUGUUCUUUAUGGACCUCUUUUGUUGUCUGGGUUAUUGUUCUUUAUGGACCUCUUUUAUUGUCUGGGUUAUUGUUCUUUAUGGACCUCUUUUGUUGUCUGGGUUAUUGUUCCUUAUGGACGUCUUUUGUUGUCUGGGUUAUUGUUCUUUAUGGACCUCUUUUAUUGUCUGGGUUAUUGUUCUUUAUGGACCUCUUUUGUUGUCUGGGUUAUUGUUCCUUAUGGACGUCUUUUGUUGUCUGGGUUAUUGUUCUUUAUGGACCUCUUUUAUUGUCUGGGUUAUUGUUCUUUAUGGACGUCUUUUGUUGUCUGGGUUAUUGUUCUUCAUGGACCUCUUUUGUUGUCUGGGUUAUUGUUCUUUAUGGACGUCUUUUGUUGUCUGGGUUGAUCCCUGAUUCUUUAAUGUUGGUUUCUGUUUGUGAAUGA